AUGAUGACCACGGGAUAUGGCGUUGAUACAGAACCAAUACACCAAGGAUACGGUCCCGAUAUGGUCAAGAUACAGAUAGGGAAGUGUUACGAAAGAGAGAUGCUCGGUCUGGGUCUGGCUGUUGGUCCUGCUGCUCCUGCUGCCACGACACCCAACACCAAUCUUCUCCUGCUCUCCUCCACAAGCAAAUACAACCAAUUUCUCUUCUUCUUCUUUUCUCACGCCUUGUUCAGUCAGAAACGCGCAUCUGCUGCAUUCAAGUUGUAG